GAGGCAUUGGCCCAACGUUAUGCGGGCGAGCGCAUUUAUGGAUUCGAAUUGCUGGCGGGCUUGUUGAUACGCAGCGAAGCCAUUGUGGCCGUGGCACGUGGUGGAGCGGAGUUUGGCCCGAGGGCACUGGGACACCGAUCCUUCUUGGCAGCUGCGCAUAAGGGAGAGCUGAAAGCAAGGCUGAACCGGCUGAAGCACCGGAAAUGGUACCGGCCAUGCGCUCCCAUCGUGGCCAGGGAAGAUUUAGAGUUGCUUUUCCAGCCAGGACCUGAUUUGGUCCAUGGCAUUCCCUACAUGAGCUUCGCGCCUCCCUUGCAGAAAUGGGUCGAGAAGUGGUUGCCAGGCAUCACCCACUUGGACGGAACAGCUCGGCCUCAAAGUGUAGAUGAAGUGGAUGAUCCUUGGAUGCAUUCCUUGUUGGCCGAAGUACGACAGGAAAUGGCCCAGAAGUUUCAGGAUUCCGGACGGGGUGAAAUUCCUCACAAAGUGGGGGUGUUAAUCAACACUUCCCUAAACCCGAAGGGGAUGCCUAUAGCUUCAGAUCCCAUGGAUAUCUUGCAGCUCUUUUGCGCACCCGGCGGCCAUGAAUUGGAUUUCGUGCUGUUGGAAGAGACCUGGCUCAUUGAACGCCGUACCGCCAUGCUGGCAGGGCUGUGUGAACACCACCCGUCAGCCGCAGACGCAGUGGCCUUCCCGGACGGAUUGCCUGUAAUCUGA